AUGAGUGGGUUCACAGAGCUCGGCUUCGCUCUCAUCAUAAUCUUGUCCCUCUCCCUUCUAGGGUUAGCCGCCGAGCUCAUCUACCUCCUCCAUCGCCGGCGGCGGAGGUGGCUCCUUCAGCAAUCCACUGCCGAUCCCGAGCUCGGCGGCGGGCCGUCCUCCGGGGAUCUCCUCCUCCACGUCCUCUGCUUCGAGCCCCGCUCCCGGGUCGAGCCCGCCUGCGCUGCCCCGUCCUUCGCUCAUCCCUCCGCCGCCGCCAAUCCUGCUUCGCCGAAGCCCCCGGUAGAUCCCGCGGAGGCGGAGUCGGAUUCCGACCCAGAGGAGGAGUGCGACUUCGACCGGUGGCGGGCCACGUACUUGGGGCCCUCCCGAGCCCUGUACACCAUCAACGAGGAGGGGGAAGACGACGACGAACAUUGGGAGGAGGCAGAGGAGGAGGAAACGCCAUUCGCGACGCCGUGCUCGUCGCCCGGGUUCUACACUCCGUCGCCAUCUCCGCCCCGCACGAGGGAGUAG